GGGGCGGCAUUAGGCAUCAAGGAGCAGGCGGUGCGCUACCUCGUGAUGAUGACGUCUCUCGAGGAGUCGGUUCGCGUCUUCCUUCCAACAUGGUCGGCGUCCCCUCCGCUUAGGCUGUACAUGUCGGCCUGGGAUCACAACGGAGAGGGCCGACCAAAGAAGUUGGGGAAACCGGACAAGGUGCACGCUCUGCCUGAGAUUGUUUGGUGGGACACGCUCGGCGAGCUCUGCUGCUCGUGCGACCGGGGACGGCUGAUGGAGGAAGCGCCGUGCGUGCUUAAGCUGGCACCUGCGGCCCUCAGCGAAAGCUGGAGCUCGACGGCGGAGCUGCCUACCCAAGAGUCGCUCGGCAGAGGAGCGAGGGUGGAGCAGGUUGGAGCGGACGCGACGGGGAGCUUUUUUGCUGUGGCCGACAACCUUGGAGGGCCGCCUGGCCCUCGGAGGCGCAUGGUGUUUUGCAGCAGCAAGGGGGGUUGGUAUUGCGAGGGCAAGCGCGAUGGGUGCCCGAGCCUCAUGGACUGCUCGCACGUGUCGGCAGCUAAGGCGGCUUUGAGGUUGGAUGAGGGGGGCGUUUCCGUGGCUGAUCAGAUGAUUUUGAGGCUCUCGGAACCUCUAUCAAUGGCGGCGUUGAGCUGGCUUGAGGCGUGGAACGGGGAAUUGCCAAAGAUUGGGGUCUGUCCCGCCGUGGGCACCUCCCGGGCGCAGGGGGGAGGUGAUGCCGGGCUGUCGGAGGAGGAGCGGUAUCUUGUUGGCUUGCUGGAGCGGCGGCCCCAUGAGCAAGCGACCUGCGCCGGCGACUCAUGCUUCUGA